GGCUUAUGUCCGAUGGGUCCGAUGUUGAUUCAUUGUCGAGUUUCAGAUUGGGAUUUGAGAGCAAAAAAUAUGAUAAACAUUUAUUGAUAAUAUUGUGAUAUAGUUCGCGUUGUACUCUGUGAUUCAAUAUUCAAUAUAGUAAACGAUUGUUUACUCACUAUAAAUAAAAAUGCAUGCCAGACGAAGAGGACCGAAUUUUACCUAUGUCAGUGGAUGUGUUAAAUACAUGAUUUUUGUAUUAAAUUUCAUAUUUUGGUUGUUAGGAGGCUUGCUUGUUGCUAUUGGCCUCUAUGCAUUUAUUGACAAAUGGCAGGCCACUGGAAUGAUAAAGCUGGACACAGUGUACGAUUUGAUCCUUAACAUAAGUUUGCUCAUAGCCCUGUUGGGUGGUGUUGUAUUCAUCGUUAGUUUUGCGGGAUGCAUCGGUGCCUUGCGUGAGAACACUUGCCUGUUGAAGUUUUAUUCGCUAUGUCUCCUAAUCCUAUUCCUUGUGGAAAUGGUCGGUGCGGUCUGCGGUUUUGUGUUCCCCAGAUCGUUGCACGGCUUCAUAGAGCUGAGCUUCACGGAACGUGUGGUGCACUCGUAUAGAGACGAUCCAGAUCUGCAGAACUUUAUCGACUUUGCUCAGAGUGAUUUCCAUUGCUGUGGUCUCACCUCAGACGGCUACAUGGACUGGUCGAAGAACGAAUACUUCAACUGCUCAUCACCCUCCGUAGAACGGUGUGGUGUUCCGUUCUCAUGCUGUAUCAAUGCCACGGAUAUCAGCUCGGGCCUCGUGAAUAUUAUGUGCGGGUACGGGGCGCAGAACUAUCCUGUGGCAGAAGCGAGCAAACGUGUCUGGACCAGCGGGUGCAUAGAAAUAGUUAGAUCCUGGGCCGAGAGGAAUCUAUAUACUAUAGCUUCCGUUGCUUUGGGCGUGGCUCUUUCACAGCUAUUCGUUAUCUAUCUGGCUAAGACUCUGGAGGGACAGAUUGAACUGCAGAAAGCUAGAUGGCAAACAUGAAACCGGGGCUCAGCAGGCGCGUACCGCGACGAGUGCCGGCGCGCGCUGCUGUAGCGGCGGGACUCGAACCCGGGCCCGCUGGCGCACCACAUGUAAUGGAAUAUGGAUAGUGUCAAGUGUAUACAC